AUGGAUCGCAUUUCCGGCCUGCGCUGCCUUGUAGACACGGGUUCCGAGGUCAGCGUGCUGCCGCCUUGCAAGCGUGACCGCGGUUCUAAGUCACCUGGUCCUGCACUCUACGCGGCGAACUCUACCUCCAUCGCCACGUAUGGUCUACGGUUCCUCAUUCUCGACCUUGGCCUGCGGCGCAUGUUCCGGUGGGUCUUCAUCGUAGCCGAUGUCAAUAAGCCUAUCCACGUUUCCGACUUCCUGACCUAUUUCGACCUCAACGUCAGGAUGCGCCGCCGUCGCCUGAUUGACAAAACGCGAUCAGCCGUCGCUGAAGUUCUAUCGGCUGUCGCUCCCACUGGCAUCCGCACGCUAAUUCCACCAUGCCUGUACGCUCGCAUCCUCGAAGACCUUCCUGAUGUGACGAGGCCCUGCAAUUGA